CCCGAACACUCAAAAUCAGCUCGACUUAUUUGCCGCCCUAUUUCGGUCCAACAAGUCACUGGCUCGGCGGAAGGGCGAAGUAGAGUCAGAAACACCGUGAAUGAAUGAAUGAAGUGCUUCGUUCAGUUUCAGGCGGCAAGAAACAAAAUUAUGCUUCUUCUUCUUCCUUCCAUCAUCUUUCGUCGCCGGCAAAAUCUACUUAUUCUUCAUCAUCUCUCCCGGUCCUUGAGUUUUUCCUCCACGCCCGAUUCAUUUUCUCACCACAACUUGCGCCGCCAAGAUCUGGACCAAAACACACUCGUCCUCCGAACCCUUUCUCUCUACAGCAACGACUGGAAACUCGCCCUCGACUUUUUCAACUGGCAGCUUCAUUCCGACUCCAAUUUUCAUCACACUACACAUACCUACAACCGAAUCAUCGACAUUCUCUGUAAGUUCUUCCAAUUCAACAACGCAUGGGAUUUGAUUCAUCAGAUGAGAAAAACCCAUCUCUCUUUCCCCAAUCGCACCACGUUUCGUAUUCUCUUCAAUCGCUACGCCUCUGCUCAUUUAGUUCAAGAAGCCAUUAUCGCUUACAAUCGAUCCCAAGACUUCAAUUUGAAAGACGAAAUCACCUUUUCUCAUCUCAUCGAUGCCCUCUGUGAAUACAAGCAUGUAGUUGAAGCUGCAGAGAUUUGUUUCGGUAAAGAUGAUGUUCAUCAUCUCAAUAAUACGAAAAUAUAUAACACGAUCCUUCGUGGAUGGCUGAAAUUGAGAUGGUGGAGUAAAUGUUCAGAACUUUGGGAAGAGAUGGAUAGAAGAGGAGUUGAGAAAGAUCUGUUUUCUUAUACCAUAUAUAUGGAUAUUCAAUCCAAAAGUGGGAAGCCAUGGAAAGCUGUGAGAAUGUACAAGAAAAUGAACAAGAAAGGGAUCAAAUUAGAUGUGGUGAUUUACAACACUGUAAUUAACGCGAUUGGACAAUCAGAGGGUGUUGAUUUUGCUGUUCGAAUUUUCCACGAAAUGGCUGAUUUGGGUUGUCAUCCAACAGUUGAGACUUUCAAUGUAAUCAUAAAUCUUCUUUGUCAAAACAGGAGGUUCAGAGAAGCACAUAACCUGUUUGUUGAAAUGUCCAAGAGAGGAUAUUCUCCCAAUGUGGUUACAUAUCAAUCAUUCUUUGCUUAUCUUGAGAAGCCAAUGCAGAUCCUCAAGUUGUUCGAUGAGAUGAUUGUCAAUGGUGUGAGGCCUAGAUUGGAUACUUACGUCUUGCUUAUGAGGAAAUUCGGAAAGUUGGGUUUUCUUCGGCCAGUUUUUCUCGUGUGGAAGAAAAUGGAACAACACGGGCCGAGUCCUGAUAACCAUACCUAUAAUGCUUUGAUUGAUGCUCUGUUGCACAAGGGUUUGAUAGACAUGGCUAAGAAGUACGACGAUGAGAUGUUGGCAAAAGGGCUUUCGGCUAAGCCGAGGGUAGAGUUAGACGCCAAGUUGAUGGAUACCGUAAAAUCCAUCUCAUCAAAAUGAAAGCUAACUAUUAAAGAAGAGCUUCAACACUUUUGGGAAACCACCUUCAAUUUACCUUGUAUAAUCAAAAGCAAAGAGAUGAAAACCAUCGAAGAUAGUGCAGAGCGAACAUCUCAUGAUGUUUGAAUGUUCCUAUAUUGUUAAAGAUGCUACGACAAGAGUGGAACAUGAUCAAAGAGAAUUUUUCUCAAAUUUAUAUA